UGGUUUUAGCUUCAGCGGUUUCUGCAGAAGCGUACGAAGGUAAGCUGUCAAGUCAGGUGCACGCGAGCAGAGGACUCUCUUGCAUUAGUGCAAGGGUACACAUAGAGCUUUGCCGAAGCGAUUUCUUGUGUCAGUGCUGCAGUUGAAAUUCAUUCGAGAAGAGUCAAGACAAUGGCGAAGCCAAACACUAGUCAAAGAAGAUUUUUGGGUGGUGUCGUUGAGGGUUUUUAUGGACGUCCAUGGACCAUGGAACAGAGGAGAGAGCUUUUCAGGAAGGAGCAGAAAUGGGGGUUGAACACAUAUCUGUAUGCUCCAAAAGAUGACUACAAACACAGAAUGUACUGGAGGGAACUUUAUACUGCUGAAGAGGCUGAGCAACUUAUCGCACUUAUCACUGCUGCUAAAGAACAUAAUGUUGAGUUCAUCUAUGCCAUCUCACCUGGCCUGGAUAUCACCUUCUCUAACCCAAGAGAGGUGGCCACACUGAAGAGGAAACUGAGCCAGGUGUCUGAAUUUGGUUGCAAGUCCUUUGCCCUCCUGUUUGACGACAUUGAGACAGAAAUGUGUCCCGCUGAUAAAGAGGCCUUCAGUUCGUUUGCGCAUGCUCAGGUGGCUGUCACUAACGAGGUCUUUCAGCAUUUAGAGGAGCCCGAGACGUUUCUCUUCUGCCCAACAGACUACUGUGCUGCUUUCUGCACCCCAAAUGUCCCCCAGUCCUCAUAUUUAAACACUGUUGGAGAGAAGCUCCUCCCUGGCAUAGAUGUGCUUUGGACAGGCCCAAAAGUAGUGUCGAAGGAGAUCUCAGUGGAGUCCAUAGAGGAAGUUUCAAGGGUACUGAGAAGGCCUCCAGUUAUAUGGGAUAAUAUCCAUGCUAACGACUAUGACCCCCAGAGAAUCUUCCUCGGGCCCUUCAAGAACCGACCCACAGAACUCAUUCCUAAACUCAGAGGUGUGCUCACCAAUCCCAACUGUGAAUUUGAGCCUAACUUUGUGGCCAUUCACACAUUAGCCACGUGGUGCAAAUCAGCUAAUAACGGAACAAAGGAUGUUGCCAUGGACGGAGAGGACCAGGGAUCUGACUACAGUCCUCAAGAGGCUUUGCAGCUUGCCCUCGCUGAGUGGCUGGUGGAGUUCGGAAUUGCUGACCAGCCUGGUGCCUCUCAUGCUGCUCGUGGUGGUGUUCCAAAGAGAGAGUCAUCUGAGGAGGAGCCCAUGCAAACAGAUGGGUAUGUGCCAGGUCCCAGAGAGAACCCACUGUACACGGCCGAGCCGCUGACCCUGGACGACCUCACACUGCUGUCAGAACUCUUCUACCUGCCCUAUGAGUAUGGCCCCACAGCCCUCACCAUGCUGCAGGAACUCCACUGGCUCCGUGGCAACAGCGAUGCUGCUGGGUUCGGCACCGUGGCAACAAAGUCAGAGAAGGGUGCAGAAUGGCGAGCACGGGCAGAGAGGUUUGAUGAAAUGUGUGAGGCGGUCGUGCAGAUGUUCAACAGGCUCUCAAACGCUCCAAACCGGAGCAUUCUGUACGAUCUAUACAACUACAUCUGUGACAUCAAAAGUGGUGUGUCCAUGGCAAGGAGCUUUGUCAAGUCUUUAGGUGGUCGGAGUCCUCCAUCAUCUCAACUUCUGAACGAUGACCCAGAGCCAUGGGGCUUCAGGGGUGGUCUUUCUGGAGAGUUCCAGAGGAUGUUGCCUUGCCAUGGGAAUCGAGAUCUUUUCCGCAGUCCUCCUGCAUCAAGAGUGUACACCAUUCGACCGUACUCCAUCAAAGACCAGGCUGAAGUGCACAAAAUAUUCUCAGAAAUACAUGGGGAUACAAUCGCAAAACCAGAGCUGGUUGGGGACAGUCUUGCAGAGGGUCAGAUAACUCCCUCCCAGAAUUGUGGCUUUCUGUUGGAGGACGAGUCUGGGAUUUGUGGCUAUGCUCUCGGCCUGUCUGAGGCAGGACCUGUUAUGAAUAAAGCCCAGUAUCCAGAUUCAUUUUUGCAUGAGUUCCCCUCCCUUGUGACCAUUGAGGUUCUCCCAAAGAUUCCAGACCCUAGUGCUGUUAAGCGGCUGAUUGGUAGCCUAAUUUCAUCAAUGAGGACCAGUGGUUCCAAAGGUGUGUUCUGUCAGCUGAGGUCAAAUGACAAGAGAAUGCUGAACUUCCUUAGAACACUGGGUUCCUUUCAAGUGCUCAAAGUAGAGGGGCUACCAAAGGACGUGGUCAUUAUGGGAACAAGCCUGUGAACCUGCGCUGAGUGAAAGAGUAAUGAGUCAUUUGAUGUGAAUUAAUUCAUGAGACAGGCUUCUCAGCUGCUUCAAGAUUGACUGCAGGGUCUGCAGAAAUGAGCAUUUCUUUUACUGUUGACUUGAGUACUGAUCCUUGAUUUCAAUUUGUAUUGGUUGUUUACUCAAAGAUGAAAU